AUGAAGGCCUUCCUCGCUACUCUCACGGUGGUCGCCGCUCAGCUUGCUGCUGCACACUAUACGCUUCCCGACCUCAUCGCCAAUGGUACCACGGCCGCCGACUGGGUGUACGUGCGCACCACCCAAAACCACUACAGCAAUGCGCCGAUUACGGACGUCAACUCCACCGAGUUCCGUUGCUAUGAGCUCGACAUGAACGCGACUCCGGGGCAGACAUCUAUCGCCACUGUAGAGGCAGGCUCCACGAUCGGGUUCAAAGCGGACAACGACUUCUACCAUCCAGGGUACUUCUCGGCCUACAUGAGCCGCGCGUCUCCUGCUGCCAACAGUCCGGAGGCUGGGACCGGCCAGACCUGGUUCAAGAUCUGGGAGGACCCCCCAGUCUUCGAGAACGGGGCGCUCGUGUUCCCGUCCGAAAGCAUGAACGAGAUUACGUUCACUAUACCUAAGAGCCUCCCGAGCGGCCAAUACUUGGUCCGGGGCGAACAGAUUGCUCUGCACGUCGCUUCUAGCGUCGGUGGCGCCCAGUUCUAUAUUGGCUGCGCUCAAUUGAACGUGGUCAAUGGCGGCGACGGCGCGCCUGGGCCCCUGGUGUCCAUCCCCGGCGUGUACACUGGCUACGAGCCCGGGAUCCUCAUCAACAUCUACGACCUUCCUGCUAACUACCCCGGAUACACCUCCCCGGGCCCUGCUGUGUGGCGCGGGUGA